GACAUAAAAUAUCAACGAUGUCAUUGAUAAAUGAUAUAAAAUUAAUGUUAUGAAUUUUAUGACCUUAUGACUUUGACGACCAUAUUUCAUACUCUAUUUAUUGAUUACCAGUCAUCAUUCCAAGACAGAAAUCUUACAAUAAAGUAUUUUCCUACGCGAUAGCACGAUUUCUUUACCCGCGUUUCUAGAUAAUAUUCAGCGAGUCAACCAGGAGAUUUGACUGCGCCGAUUUGCAGUAUGGACGAGGGGGAGAGAAAGUCUUUCGAGGAGCGCUCAAAGGUUCUGCGAGUCGAAUUGAAAGUAUGGGAAAAGGAUUUUCAGAACAACAAUGAAGGCCGCAAAGCCUCGAGGGAGGAUAUCAAAGCGAAUCCGGAUAUUGCCUCGAAAUAUAAGGAAUUUAACAGAGUGCGCGAUAUACUCUCUGGAAAGAUUUCGCAUAUACCUCCACCAGCUCCCAAACCAACACCCCGAAAGAGAAGACACGAAGAAAAUCAUGAUGAAACACCUCAAAAGCGGGCGCAUGUCGAUAGAACACCCUCGAAGAAUACAAUACUACCAUGGGAUGUCGACCCUUAUCACUCACCUUCAGUUAUGAGAAAUCUUUUUGCUACACCUUCGAAGAAAACCGCAAUUGGACCAACACCACAAAAGGAUGGACAGGUUCUUGGGUUGUUUGACUUGGAUCCAGACAGUGCCGCAGAUUCUCCUUCCACUGCUCCUGGGGUAUUAGGAAGAACAGCCGGCAUAGAAGCAACUCCUCGAAGGCAUGGACAUGGAACAACUCCAGUGAGCUCAAGAGCAAUUAUGCACAGCAACACGCCCUCAUCAAGAAGGACCUUGUUAUUCAGUACGCCUUUGAAGAAUAAGAUUGCCAGUGGUCAAGGAUCAACGACACCUUCGUCAGUAUCAAAGCUACAUUUUAGUACACCAUCAUUUUUGAGAAGAGAUAGCCAACGAAUACGAAUGCCGGCUCUCGAUGAAAAUGAAGAAGGCCCACCCGAUUCUCCAGAAAUAAUUAGGGGUCCUCGAAAACCAAUGAUCAAAAGUCUAAGCAGUAUGCUUGCUGGUCUCCGGAAAAUGGAAGAAGAUGCUGCAGAGGAUGAUUUAGAGGCUCUUCGUGAAAUGGAAGCCGAGAUGUCCAACCCGUCCAAGCCCACAUCAAAACCAAAAUUAAAACCACAAUCAACCCCUCAACCAAUUAGUUUCACAGCUGCCUCAUCGUCAAAACCUCCGACGGAAGAGCCCCUUCCAGAAGACACAAUCCUGGUUCAAGAGAGACAACCGCAAGAAUUACUCGGUGGUUUCGACGAUGAAGCUAUGUACGACUCCGAGCCCGAAGAAGCGACAGAGGCAUCUACAAGAACAUACAAGAAGAGAGGUCAAAAGCGUACUACCCGUCGGGUAAAUCUCAAGCCGAAUCGUAGCAAACCUUCUGAGCCCUUGGCAUCUACAAAUCACCACAAUGUCUCAGAAAGUGAAGACGAACUCGCGCUUCCUCGCAAUCGACUCGAAACUAUACCCGAAACUCAAAUUGAUGAUGAGUUUCCUCCACCUGACGAUGACGAAUUCCCACAACCUGACGAAUUUCCACUCGACGGUCGAAACUUCGACUCCGAUUCCGCUUCCGAAUACACAGCUUCAGAAGGAGGAACACGGUAUAGGAGGCCAGAUCAAGAUAAGACGAAAAAGAAGAAUCGGGAGGCUAACAAGGAAGGGAAGGUCAAGAAGGCUGCCAGGAAAAUCAAAGCUACGGCAGGUAGUCUACAGAAUUACAAGAGGCUGAAGCUGAGGAACAGUGGAGCGAAGGGUGGACCAGGAGUUGGCAGUAGAUUCAGGAGGAGAAAGUAAGGGCUGCAACUUGAGAGCGAGACUCGGGAAGGAACGCAAAGGGGAUGUGCCAGGGAGUGCGGAAUUUGAGCUGCACAUAUUGUUUGUGAAGAAAUACAUGUAUUGCUAUACACUUGGAAAUACCAAGAGAUACUGUGAAGUUUAGAUCUGAGUUGCUUUAAGAAUACCCAAUAAAUACAUAACACACACAUGUACACGC